UUUGGGUCUAAAUAUUAUGGCUUUGAACCAUUACUUUCAAUUCACAUCCCUCCAGUAACUGUUCCAUUAAAUUCCCCAGAAUGAAAAUCAUCAACAGCAUUCUCCUCAUAUGUGGCCUCGCAUUCUUCGUGAUCUUUAUGUCUCUGUUGGAACCCCAGAACUUGCUGGGCACUGAAUAUGACGUUCGAGUCAUCAACGGCUUCACAAACAACUCGUCCCUGCCGCUGGUCAUCUGGUGUUCAUCGAAAGAGAAUGAUCUCGGUGGACGUGCGCUACAGGAGAAGGAUGACUUCAGUUGGAGGCUGAGGACCAACUUCUGGGGCACGAGUAACCAUUUCGUUUGCACGAUGAAAUGGGACAAAAAGCGGAAGCGCUUCGACGCCUUCAAGAUUCCGAGAGACGUUCAACGGUGUGGUCCUUUCCGGAAGUGCUCAUGGCUGGUGAGGGAGGAUGGGUUUUAUUUCAGCAACGAUGAAGUAAACUGGAAAAAGGACUUUUCAUGGUAGUAAUAAAAUUUUGAAAUGGCAAUUAAGGUACGUUUAUAAUGGUUUAUUUGAGGCUGCACUAGGGUGGCAUUAGUAAUUUUGGUAUAAUAACAAAUAGCAUGGACAAGAAUAAUUUGAAUGGUACGGUCUUGCUUCUGUAGUAAGCUUUUGUUCUUGGAAUCGUUGUGUUGGAAAAUUUUGUUAGAAC